GUGUCUUCAACCUCUCCCCUGCAGCCUUUUGGUUUCCUCUGUGACUUUUGUGAUUUGUGUGGACUGUUUGGAAGAAUGAAUGGGCCCAUUUGUAGAGGACACUUCACUACUACAUCAAGGUCCCUCUGAAACUCUGCAGAGCCACUAGUGAGCUGUAAUGGAGCAGGGACAGGCUCAUCUGCAAAGACCCCUCCUGCUGAGGCUGCUCAAUGGCCCAUCAUCAGGCCAGCCACAUCCAACUUCUGUCGACAUGGAGCAUGCUGUACCCUCCAAGACUGUUGCCUUGCCAUGACGAGCGAGGAGGAGGAGGGCCCCAACGUUGCAACAUCAACAGCAACCACACCAUUAGCAACAACAGUCUCCAGAGUAACAACAACCAUAACCAGGGCGAGUGAUAGCAAUGACGCCAUCACAUCCUCCUCCCCCUGCAGGCCCUCCUCAUACCAACUCCCAUGUCCCAAGGAAAAGGAGGAGAAAGAGGAGGAAAUAGAGGAGCAGGUGGAGAUAAUACAGGAAGAGAGGAUUGAGAGGGAGGAAGAAGAGGAGGAGGAAGUGGUGGAGUGCGAGGGGGACGAUGAAGACGACGAUGACAGCAGUGACACCAGUGUGUUAGUAGUGCCCUACCCCGAGCUGGUUCCUGUGGUCUUCUUCUGUCUCAAGCAGACGACCUGUCCUCGCAGCUGGUGCAUCCGCAUGGUUUGCAGCCCAUGGUUCGAGCGUGUGAGCAUGAUGGUGAUCCUGUUGAACUGCGUGACCCUGGGAAUGUACCAGCCCUGUGAGAACAUUGACUGCUCCUCGGACCGAUGCCAAAUACUGCAGGCUUUUGAUGCAUUCAUCUACAUCUUCUUCGCUAUGGAGAUGGUUAUAAAGAUGGUCGCUCUGGGGAUCUUUGGUCGGCGCUGUUACCUGGGGGACACGUGGAACAGGCUGGAUUUCUUUAUCGUCAUGGCAGGGAUGAUUGAAUACUCACUGGACCUGCAGAACGUCAACUUCACCGCCAUCAGGACCGUGAGGGUACUGCGGCCUCUCAAAGCAAUUAACAGGGUGCCAAGCAUGCGUAUCCUGGUGAACCUGCUGCUGGACACUCUGCCCAUGCUGGGUAACGUCCUCCUCCUCUGCUUCUUUGUCUUCUUCAUCUUCGGCAUCAUCGGAGUGCAGCUGUGGGCGGGGCUGCUGAGAAACCGCUGUUACCCAGAGGAGAACUUCACACUCACCACGGGCAUCAGUCUGCCUCGGCCGUACUACAUGGCUGACGAGGACGAUGAACGACCCUUCAUCUGCUCCCUUCCAGUGGACAAUGGUAUCAUGUCCUGCACCGACGUCCCCGCCCGCCGUGAGGGAGGCAGGACAUGCUGCCUGGACAAAGACGACGUGCUGUACCGCCAGUCUUUGGGCCUGAGCCCCGAGCCUCUGGCCAACGGCAGCGUGAGCGUCACAGGACUGUGUGUCAACUGGAACCGGUACUACACCAGGUGUCACACGGGACUACGCAACCCACACAAAGGAGCCAUCAACUUUGACAACAUCGCUUACGCCUGGAUCGUCAUCUUCCAGGUGAUCACUCUGGAGGGCUGGGUGGAGAUCAUGUACUAUGUGAUGGAUGCUCAUUCCUUCUACAACUUCAUCUACUUCAUUCUGCUUAUUAUUGUGGGCUCCUUCUUCAUGAUCAACCUGUGCCUCGUGGUCAUCGCCACCCAGUUCUCAGAGACCAAGCAGAGGGAGCACCAGCUGAUGCAGGAGCAGCGAGCACGGUGUUCCUCCUCCUCCACCCUGAACAGCCAGCCCGGGGACUGCUACGAGGAGCUCUUCCAGCUAGUCUGCCAUGUCAUCCGCAAGGCCAAGAGACAAACCGUGGCUCUGUUCAAUGCCCUGAGAGGGAAACCUCGUGGCUUCAGGGGCGUCGGAAGAGGCAGGGGAGGUGGGGAAAAGAGGGAGAGGAAGGCCAAUGGAAGAGGAGGACGUGAGAGGAGAGCAGUGAAGAGGCACGGUACACCCUGUCCCCACCACAGCAAACCCGACCACGCCUCGCCCAUGGCCCUCACCACCACCUCUGCCACCGAAGGCUGCCCCCUGUGCGCCGCAGCCCUGUCGCUCACUGACGGGGUGGGACCGGUUCGCAGCGUGCUGAAUGAGGAAGCAGAGGAGGGCGCGGUGGAGGAGACGGACAGGGAGGGUGCACAGCCUGGUAGUACAGAGAAGAAUGGCCAGGCGGGUGCAGGAAAACAUGGAAGCUGUUGUCCGCCCAAGAAGAGCUGCAGAGAGCUGUGGCAUGACACCAGGCUGAAACUGUGGGGGAUCGUGGAGAGCAAGUACUUCAAUCGAGGCAUCAUGAUCGCCAUCCUCAUCAACACCAUCAGCAUGGGCAUUGAGCACCACGAGCAGCCAGACGAGCUCACCAAUGUCCUGGAGAUCUGCAACAUCGUCUUCACCAGCAUGUUCUCCUUGGAGAUGAUCCUGAAGCUCACAGCAUUCGGCUCCUUCAGCUACCUGAGAAACCCUUACAACGUCUUCGAUGGAGUCAUCGUCAUCAUAAGUGUUUGUGAGAUCGUCGGACAGUCGGACGGGGGUCUCUCUGUGCUGAGGACCUUCAGACUGCUCAGGGUGCUGAAGCUGGUCAGGUUCAUGCCUGCUUUGAGGAGACAGCUGGUGGUCCUCAUGAAGACUAUGGACAACGUGGCCACCUUCUGCAUGCUGCUCAUGCUCUUCAUCUUCAUCUUUAGUAUUUUGGGGAUGCACAUCUUCGGCUGUAAGUUCAGUCUCAAGACAGAGACUGGUGACACGGUACCAGACAGGAAGAACUUUGACUCUCUGCUGUGGGCCAUUGUCACUGUUUUCCAGAUUUUGACCCAGGAGGACUGGAAUGCGGUUUUGUACAACGGUAUGGCAGCCACCUCCCCAGUUGCCGCUCUUUACUUUGUCGCCCUCAUGACCUUUGGGAACUACGUCCUCUUCAACCUGCUGGUGGCCAUCUUGGUUGAAGGAUUCCAGGCAGAGGGUGACGCCAAUCGCUCUUGUUCAGAUGACGACCGCUCAUCCUCCAACUAUGAAGAAAGUGAGAAACACGACUCCAUAAAGUUGUCUGACCCGAGGAUCUGCACCCUGACACCCAAUGGCCACCUGGAGCUGGGUGCUCUCACAGGGCCCAGAGGGUCCUACUCAUCAGAGAGGCGGAGCUUGACCUUCGAGUCCAGAAAGAGCAGCGUGAUGAGCGUGGGCAAGAGCAGCCUGGAGAGACGAUCCCUCUCUCUGCGUCAUGGCCGCAGUUCCAAUUACCACAACUGGGGGCGCCCUUUCCAGCCACAGUCUGCGUGGAGCCGCAGGUCCAGCUCAAACAGCCUGGGUCGGAGGAGCUAUGGGUUUGGUGGGGCUCCUCUGGUGGGAGGCAGCCUCCGUGUUCAAAGCACCCGCUCCCCUCACUCCUACUCCUACACCUACGCUGCCGAGCAGGAGUCCCUUCUCUCCCACCCUCCCCACUCCCAUCACCCUCUCCCUCCUCAUCAUCCACCUCCACCUCCGCUCUUCCUCUCCAGGCACUUCUCUGGGAGGAGAGAUCGACGUGCUCUCUCUCUGGAGCUCCCUGAGCUGCUCCGAGCUGGAGGACAGCCUCCCAGCCUGCCCCCCAGCCUGCCCCCCAUUGACCCACACCAUGGGAGGAGGAGCGGAUCAGGGGCAGGGGGGUCCAUCACAGGGGGGUCCGUGGCUGGUAGUGGAUUUGGAGUCGACCACAGGGAUUGUAACGGCAAAACACCAGGUCCAAACACUCACCUGAUAGCUGAGGUGUACCCUCAAGUGAAUCCUCGCAAGGACAGAACAGACCUGGAUGAAGAGGUGGAUUAUAGUUUGUGCUUCCGUGUCCAGAAGAUGAUGGAGGUUUACAAGCCAGACUGGUGUGAGACCAGAGAGCAGUGGUCUAUCUACAUGUUCUCCCCUCAGAACAGGUUCAGACAGCUCUGCCAGUCCAUUAUAGCCCAUAAGCUCUUUGACUACGUGGUCCUGGCAUUCAUCUUCCUCAACUGCAUCACAGUGGCUCUGGAGAGGCCCAGGAUACUGCAGGGAAGUCUGGAACGGGUGUUUCUAACAAUUUCCAACUACAUCUUCACUGCCAUCUUUGUUGCUGAGAUGACUGUGAAGGUGGUGUCCAUGGGUCUGUACCUGGGGGAGAAAGCCUAUCUGAGGAGCAGCUGGAAUAUCCUGGACGGUUUCCUCGUGUUCGUCUCCCUGAUCGACAUCGUGGUGUCGAUGGCGGGCGGGGCUAAGAUCCUCGGGGUCCUCCGGGUCCUCAGGCUGCUCAGGACGCUACGCCCCCUCAGGGUGAUCAGCAGGGCUCCCGGACUGAAGUUGGUAGUCGAGACUCUCAUCACGUCUCUCAAGCCCAUCGGCAACAUCGUCCUCAUCUGCUGUGCCUUCUUCAUCAUCUUUGGCAUUCUUGGUGUUCAGCUCUUCAAAGGGAAGUUCUUCUACUGUGUGGGCUUCGACGUGAAGAACAUUACAAACAAAUCCGACUGUGUGGCUGCCAACUAUCGCUGGGUUCACCACAAAUACAACUUUGACAACCUUGGACAGGCUCUCAUGUCCCUGUUUGUGCUGGCCUCCAAAGACGGUUGGGUCAACAUCAUGUACCACGGACUGGACGCAGUGGGGAUAGACCAGCAGCCACAAACCAACAACAACCCCUGGAUGCUGCUCUACUUCAUCUCCUUCCUCCUCAUCGUCAGCUUCUUCGUCCUCAACAUGUUCGUGGGCGUGGUGGUGGAGAACUUCCACAAGUGUCGCCAGCAUCAGGAGGUGGAGGAGGCCAAGCGGAGAGAGGAGAAACGGCAGCGACGCAUGGAGAAGAAGAGGAGAAAGGCCCAGAAGAUGCCGUACUACGCGUCCUACAGUCCGGCCCGCCUGGCCAUCCACACUCUGUGCACCAGCCACUACCUGGACCUGGUCAUCACCUUCAUCAUCUGCAUUAAUGUGAUCACCAUGUCUCUGGAGCACUACAGUCAGCCACAGUCCCUGGAGACCGGACUGAAGUACUGCAACUACUUCUUCACCUCCACCUUUGUGAUCGAGGCGACUCUGAAGCUGGUGGCGUUUGGCUUUCGGCGCUUCUUCAAGGACAGGUGGAACCAGUUGGACCUCGCCAUUGUGCUGCUGUCAGUGAUGGGCAUCACCCUGGAGGAGAUCGAGAUCAACGCCUCCCUUCCCAUCAACCCCACCAUCAUCCGGAUCAUGAGGGUGCUCAGGAUAGCUCGAGUGUUGAAGUUGUUGAAAAUGGCGACCGGGAUGAGAGCUCUGCUAGACACAGUGGUCCAGGCUCUGCCUCAGGUGGGAAACCUUGGCCUCCUCUUCAUGUUGCUGUUUUUCAUCUACGCUGCUCUGGGAGUGGAGCUGUUUGGAGAGCUGGUGUGUAACGCCGACUACCCCUGCGAAGGAAUGAGUCGACACGCCACCUUUGAAAACUUCGGGAUGGCCUUCCUCACCCUCUUCCAGGUGUCCACCGGCGACAACUGGAACGGCAUCAUGAAGGACACGCUGAGGGAGUGCCCACCAGACGGUCCGGGCAGCGACUACGGCUGCCACGCCGGCCUGCAGUUCAUCUCCCCGAUGUACUUCGUGUCCUUCGUGCUCACGGCCCAGUUCGUCCUGAUAAACGUGGUGGUGGCCGUGCUCAUGAAGCACCUGGACGACUCCAACAAAGAGGCGCAGGAGGACGCCGAGAUGGACGCCGAGAUCGAGAUGGAGCUGGCUCAGGGAGGCCUCUGCUGCAUGGGUGGCAUAGGAGCCAUCGCUGGGGCGACAGGUGGCGCUGCGAGCGGGGCCGGCGUGGGCGGGGGAGCGUCUGGAGGAAGUGCAGCUCACGAGGGACACGCACACAGGAGGUGUCGGCUCUUCUCUCCUGCUGAGGAGAGCCAGUGGCUUGACAGUGUGUCUCUACUGAUCAAGGACUCCAUGGAAGGGGACAUGAUUGACAACCUCUCUGGAUCAGUUUUCCAUCAUUACUGCUCUCCUCCCGUCUGCAAGGACUGCAAGAGCCACCCACAAGAGAUCCAGCUGGCAGAGGUGGAGCAGGCGUCUCUGAUGUCAGAGCAGCUGUCAGACAAGUCUUCUUCUCUGGCGCUGCCCGAUGACCUCAGCCUAGACGAACACAGCAGCUACCAGCUGCUGGUCAGAGACAGCCAGAGGGGCAGCAGUGACUCCCACAGCUCAGAGGAGUUGCCCAUCCAGGGGGGCUACAGAGGGCUCCGUCCCUCCAGCUCAGGGAGCGAGCUGGGGGUCCAGGAGCUGUUUGAGGUGGGCGUCCACCCUCGCCUGGACACCCCUUCGCUGGAGAGUGCAGAAGAUUGCACAGAUGGAGAAGGAAAAGGUUGCAGCGGUGGCGUCGGCGGAUCUUCACCUGUCUUCCACCUACCUGCAGACUUCUUCCACCCGGCUGCAGCGGCUCACCCAGGCAGUCCGGAGAACGGGGUCAGCCCGGGACACAGAGGGCCAUCCAGGCUGGCCUCCCCGGCCUCGUGGGCCUCCCUCCGCUCGCCCGGAGCCAACAGCAGGCCCCUGAGCUCUCAGCACCCGUCCCACAGUGACUCCUCCCUGGCCACGGGCAGUUCAGAAGGCAGCCUGCAGACCACUCUGGAGGAAGGGCUCAGCUUUAGCGUCUCUCCACCUGGAGAUCAUGAUCUCCCCGUGCCUCUCCACUGCCCCCUCCCCAGCCACUCCUCCUCACAGGGAAAAGCCACAGGAGAUCAAGGCCACCAUUUACUCAAGAGACGCAGCACUACUUUCACCCUCCAGGCCACCAGGGGGCACCAGAGGAGCCAGAGCAGCUGCGGUGGCGGCAGCACCAGUCCCGGUUGCCCCCGACAGGACUCCAUGGACCCUUCAGACGAGGACGUGGGCACAGGGACGGGCGGGGACGCGUUUCGGCAGAACAGUGAACACUUGUCGGAAACUCUGAACAGCCUCUCGUUGACGUCGCUGCUCAGCCCGGGCUCUCUGGCGCCCCCUCUGGUGAAGAAGUGUAACAGCACAGGCUCACUGGACACAACGAAUCUAGCCACACGGAGUAAAGAUGGACGCAACUUUUACGGCAUUGACUCCCAUGGGUACUUGUCCAACCCAUGGACGGAGGGCGGGGCGAGGGGGGACAAAGAGGACAGUGAUCUCACAGCCUUUAGCAUAAAAAGCAGCAGCCAGCCGACAGACACAAGCUCCAGGAAGAAUAGAUGAAACACUUGUUGCCUCUCUGUAGUUAAACUCCGUAACACUUUCCAUCUGUGGACCUUGAUCAGUACAGGGAGACUUUUCAUACACGUCCAGUGAACCUGAUUCUGAAAAUCUUUCGUCUUUGAGUCGUCUUUUUCUCUUGGAUGUGGCUGCUCGGGAUCAGUCGCUUCUCAAAAGAUUACAGCUGCUUCUGAGUUCAGACAUCCUGUUUUUCUCCGCAGGAUAUGUGGCUGCUUUUUUCUGAAAGGACUGAACGAUGAUACCAGGGGCUUAAGGCUUUUAGCGUGGACCAGGAUUCAGCUUUGACAGACGCAGGCUUUUCCAUUUGAGCCAUGCUGAAAGAAAAGACUGCUUUGGAAGCCAUCAGAGACAGACCUGAAGAUGACACGUUGAUGAACAUUAUCCAGGGGAUGAUAUUUACAGGGGAUACAAAUCUAUUUCAGAGCUUGCUUGACCCGACGUGCCCUCAACCUUUGUGCUAAAAGAAACAUCUGAACAGGACAGAUGACCGACUCUGACUCUUCUUUUGAAGAGGAGCUGAACUUUGUACAGAUUUUUGUAAUAACACAUCGCUAACAGUAGCAUUUCCCAACCUCCUUGCCUGUUUAGCAGAUUCGUUGGGUAACAGAAAAUUGAAAGGAUGUAUAUUUUCUGUGUUCUUUUUUCAACUUCAGCGUAUUGAAGUUGUGUGAAUGUAGACGCGUCCAUCCGUCCGUCUCUGUUUGUGAGAAAGAUGGUAGACCAAGACAGCGAAAGGGAGCCUGGCUUCGUCUGAAAAAGUGACAAAGAGACUUUUGAAAUAGAAGAAUGGUUUUCCGCUGCUGAGAAUACAUGCGGGUUGUUUAGUGGGAGCAUUGGACACUUUCAAAGUGGACUCUGUGUGCUUUCUAAGAAACCCAUGAAAGGGCUAAAAUGUAUUGAGUGCAGACCUGGGCCAAAAUGAACAGCAAAUAAUGAUUUCGCUACCAAACGUGAUGAUCAAACUGUCUCUAAAUAUAUCAAAUAAUUUCCUAAAACUAAUAAUAUGUGAGAGAUGUGUCACUGAGAUGAACUCUGACUUGUACAAACUGUCCCUGGAAGAAUCUUUAUUUCAGAGGAUUUAGAGAAUAACUUGAUUUCAAAUUAAACCCACUAAAAAG